CUUCAUAUAGUCAGAGUGCCAUUUGCAGGUUCGAGAAGUUGGAUAUAACGCCAAAAAGCGCACAAAAAAUAAAACCGGUUUUAGAGAAUUGGAUGAAAGAAGCGGAGGAACGGUAUAAGAAUGGCAACCAAACCCUCACUGAAUUCAUGGGCUCCGAGUCGAGCAAAAAGCGCAAACGGCGGACAUCUUUCACGCCGACGGCCCUCGAGUUCCUCAACCUGUUCUUCGAGAAGAACACACACCCGACCGGUUCAGAGAUGACCGAACUGUCCGAGCAGUUGAAUUACGAGCGCGAAGUCGUGAGGGUCUGGUUCUGUAAUAAGCGACAGGCGCUCAGGAAUACCAAUAAGAAGUUCGAGACAAACACCACUUACCAUCAGAUCGUAUGAAACAAAGUAUUUC